AUGCGCAGCAAGCCUCAACUUGCCCGAUUCAUUGGUGAUGCAAUCGACCUGAGUGCAUUUGACUUCCGGACGGGGAAGCUCCUUUCGUCGGGUGUGAGAAAGAGUAAAAGACUAAAGAACAUUCACUUCGAUUAUAGCAGAGGAACCAAGCAUGAUGCUAGUCUAGUCCUGCCAAUUAGACAGACGGCUUCUAUCUUCAAGCAACCAGUUACACUCAAGACUAACCACAUUAAAAACAGGACGAAAGCAGACCCAAAGCAAGACACAAAGGAAACUCCUAAGCAGCUCUUCUGGGAGAAGCGACUACAAGGUCUGAAUGCGUGCGAUAUGACAGAAGAAAUACUGAAAUCGAUGGAGCUCCCAGAUGGAUUAAUAAGUGUAGGUCCAGGUCUUACCAAUGAUAAUUUACUUCAAAGUCUUGCAUCAAGCCUACAUCUCAGUUCACAACCCAUCCUUGGUCAGGUCGGCUCACAGGUAAGCACCAUGAGAUAUAUAGAUUGA